AUGGAGGGAUUUGAGAUAAGAACAACUAACAGCAAAAAGGGAAAGGGUUUAUUUGCUACUAAGAAGUACGAUAAGGGAGAUAUUAUACUUGAGGAAGAUCCCUUAGUUUCGUGUCAAUUUACUUGGAACGCCGCGUAUAAGUAUUUAGCAUGUGACUACUGCAUGAGACCGCUAGAAACGCCGGAACAGAAUGUAAGACGCUUGUCAUGCAAACCGGAUAUAGUCCUGCCUCAUGCUAGUUGUUUUGAAAUUAAUUUGGAAAAUGUAACUACUUGUGAUGAAUGUGGGAUUUUAUACUGCUGUGAAGACUGCAAACAAAAAGCUUACAUGACAUAUCAUAGGGCUUUAUGCUAUGACACAACUGAUGCACAACAUCCUAUUAUGGUUCUAUUGGAGACCUGGAAACAAAUGCACUACCCACCAGAGACAACAAGCAUUAUGCUUUUAGUAAGAAUAUUGGCAUACAUAGAGCAGAGUCCAAACCCUACUGUAGCGGCUGCAGCAGUUAAGAAUUUUUGUCAUAGAACAGUAAAUGAGGAUGCUGAGCUAGUUCAUAAGUUAUUGGGAGAACAAUUUACUGAGCAAUUAAACACUUUAAGAGAGUUAACUGCUAAUGUUAUUAACGGAGAUCAUAUUCAAGAGUUUCUAACACCGGAAGGCUUCUGUUCUCUAAUGGCACUAGUAGGUACCAAUGGUCAGGGUAUCGGAACCAGUCCUUUGGCCAUGUGGGUAAAUUCUGUUCUGGAGUUGACAAUGUCUGAUGAUGAACAACAACAAAUUGACUUAUUUAUUGAUAAACUGUAUCAGUAUGUGGAGGAAGAAUCUGGUACAUUCCUGAACACUGAAGGCUCUGGUCUAUACCGUCUGCAGAGCGCCUGUAACCACAGUUGUGCACCCAAUGCUGAAUCUUCCUUCCCCUAUGGCAAUCACAGGAUACAAUUGAAAGCCAUCAAGCCAAUUAUGCCAGGGGAUGAAAUUUGCAUUAGUUAUCUGGACGAAUGUUCAUUGCAGAGGUCCAGGCACUCUAGACAAAAAGAGCUGGCACAAAACUAUUUGUUUGUAUGUUGGUGUGAACGAUGCCUCUCACAGGCCAGCCAACCUGAUUGCACAAGCGAAGAGGAAAUGAGCGAGGAAGAACUGGAUGCGGAUGAC